AUGGCGGCGAGAUUAUCCCUCAAUGCGCGCAGUCGCUUGCUACGAACGCCUAAUCUAUCUUCGACCCGUCUUCUAUCCUCGAUCCCGCGAUCACGCAUACUCCCCCGCCCCUCUGUCAUACUACCGACUGUAAACACCGGUCCGAUCUCUGUUCGUCACUAUGCGAAGGGUCGUCCACACCCCCCAGGCGGAACUCACCGCAUGGAUAUGAGCGGCGAACCAGAGAAAUCCGCACUCGAGCAGUAUGGUGUUGACCUCACGGACAAAGCGAAAGCUGGAAAGCUGGAUCCAGUCAUUGGAAGAGAUGCCGAGAUUCAUCGAACCAUUCAAGUUCUGUCUCGGAGAACUAAGAACAAUCCUGUGCUGAUCGGUGCUGCUGGAACCGGUAAAACCGCGGUUCUCGAAGGCUUGGCUCAGCGGAUUGUACAAGGAGAUGUCCCAGAAAGCAUCAAAAAUAAACGCGUUAUUUCGCUGGAUCUUGGCUCUUUGAUCGCAGGCGCCAAAUUCAGGGGCGACUUCGAAGAGCGUCUGAAAUCUGUAUUGAAAGAAGUGGAGGAUGCGCAAGGUGGUGUGAUCCUUUUCAUUGACGAGCUUCACACUUUGCUCGGACUGGGCAAGGCUGAGGGCAGUAUUGAUGCAAGCAACCUGCUCAAGCCUGCUCUGUCACGAGGCGAGCUUCAAUGUUGUGGCGCCACCACCCUCAACGAAUAUCGACUCAUCGAAAAAGAUGUGGCGCUUGCCCGACGGUUCCAGCCUAUCCUGGUAAGUGAGCCAUCGGUAGCCUCGACUAUUUCCAUUCUGCGUGGCAUCAAGAAUAAGUACGAAGUGCAUCAUGGUGUCCGAAUUACGGAUGGCGCUUUGGUGGCUGCCGCUACCUACAGCAAUCGCUACAUUACCGAUCGAUUCCUACCCGAUAAAGCCAUUGAUCUUGUUGACGAAGCUGCAUCGGCUCUUCGCUUGCAGCAGGAGUCGAAGCCCGAUGCAAUUCGCGAGCUGGAGCGUGACAUCACGACCAUUCAAAUCGAGCUCGAGUCGCUUCGCAAGGAUACUGAUGUCGCUAGUCGUGAACGACGUGACAAACUUCAAGAAGACUUGAAAAUUAAACAAGAGGAAGUCAGCAAACUGACCGAGACCUGGGAGAAGGAGAAGGGGGAAAUUGACACCAUCAAACGCACCAAGGAGGAUCUGGAACGCGCUCGCUUUGAACUUGAACAAGCCCAACGCGAAGGGAACUUUGCCAAGGCUGGAGAGUUGAGAUACUCUACCAUCCCGGAGCUCGAAUCUAAGCUACCAAAAGAAGGCGCAGAACCAGACCCCGAGAAUCAAACAUUGAUUCACGAUUCAGUGACCGCAGAUGAUAUCGGAAACGUUGUCUCUCGUACCACAGGCAUCCCUGUCAACAAGCUUAUGGCUGGUGAUGUGGAGAAGCUGAUUCACAUGGAGGACACUCUCCGAAAAUCGGUUCGUGGGCAGGAUGAGGCACUUUCUGCUGUGGCAAAUGCCGUGCGCAUGCAGAGGGCAGGCCUCAGUGGCGAGAACCGUCCCCUGGCCUCUUUCAUGUUCCUUGGUCCCACUGGUGUUGGAAAGACUGAACUCUGCAAGAAAAUGGCCGAGUUCCUCUUCUCCACCGAAAGCGCCGUUGUACGGUUUGACAUGAGCGAGUUCCAGGAGAAGCACACAAUCAGUCGCCUGAUCGGUUCCCCAGCUGGAUAUGUGGGAUACGAUGAUGCUGGUCAACUUACUGAGGCUGUUAGGCGGAAGCCUUACGCUGUCCUCUUGUUCGAUGAAUUUGAAAAGGCGCAUCGAGACAUCUCAGCAUUACUACUUCAGGUACUCGAUGAGGGCUUCCUGACAGAUUCCCAGGGCCACAAGGUCGAUUUCCGAAACACCUUGAUUGUGUUGACCUCCAAUCUUGGAGCCAAUAUCCUGGUCGGAGCGGAUCCUAUGCAUCCACUGAAAGAUUCUGAUAGUUCCGAGCUCCCAGCCAAGGUCAAAUCGGCCGUCAUGGAUGUGGUUCAAAGCGCAUAUCCACCCGAGUUCAUGAACCGAAUCGAUGAGUUCAUCAUUUUCAAACGCCUUUCGAAAGAUGCUCUACGUGAUAUCGUCGACAUCAGGAUCAAGGAGCUGCAGGCCAGACUUGAUGAUCGCCGUAUGACCUUGCAGAUCGACGACGAGAUCAAGGACUGGCUGUGUGAGAGAGGCUACGAUCCCAGAUUCGGUGCUCGGCCUUUGAACCGCCUUAUCGCCAAGGAGAUUGGGAACCGUUUGGCCGACAAGAUCAUCCGCGGUGAAAUCGUCUCUGGCCAGACCAUUAGCAUUUCCCUUGACGAAUCCAAGACUGGUUUGGUGGUUACCCCACAAGUCUAA